GUACUCUCAUCACUUGAGGGGUAGAAGCAAUAAAAACAAUCAACGCAACAUUGAGAUCAAUUCAUCAGAUCAGUCCAGGGUAAAGCACAGAAAUACACAAUCACGAUGUCUCAAUCACACGGUCAGAAAGUAACAACAGAUCCCCGCUCCCAGCAAGCCAUCCACGAAGGUGUCGGUACCGUAACCAGCGACUCCCUUGCCGCCGAGUCGCUCAAAGGCAACGGUUCCUUCGGCGAAGGCAAUCCCAAAGCCGCAGCAUCUGCUCAACCAUCCGCCGGCAGCACAACCGCCAACACCGAUACCAGCGGCGCGCGCAAGCUCGACCCUGCCGUCGAUGCAGAGGCCCGCGAUGCCGCCUCCGGCUGGAGCGAGCAGCAACAGCUCUCCGCGGGCUCGGGCCUGGGCCUAGGAAAAGAACACGGCGUCGGUCCAACGUACAACAAAGUCGGCGGCGCCACAGGGUACGGGACGUCCACGCAGCCUCCUUCCUCCAAUGUGGAAGAGAUUCAGGGUGGGUAUGCGGGCGCAGCUGAUAGGGUGAGGGAGGCGGAGGGAACAUUCAAGAUGCCUGGCAAGAAUGUCACUGAGGAUCCGAACCUGACAGGUAAGACAGAGUUUGGGGCGAUUGGAACGAACAAGGACCCCGCGAGACAGGCAGAGCUGGAUCAGGCCAAGAAGACAGCGGCCAGUGGAGGUGUUAGUCUGGCUGGGGGACAGCAGGAGGGAGGUAGCAAGUUCAGUGCACUGAGCGAUGAGGCUGCUUAGAUGAGUUAAUGGCGAUAUGAUUUACGAAUACAAUAAACAUCAAUACAGCAAUAUUAUGUACUUCGGUCCAUGAUCUGAGUA